GAGAGUAAAAGAAGCUUAUUGCAAUACUAACUACAUUCAGGCCACUGAGGCAUCAAAGAGGGCACCUGAGAUUGCUGGGAAGACCCUAUGGCAAAUUGUAACUGAAUCGUCGAGCGAGUAACUGGGACUAUAGAAACACCUAAAUUGUAGCACUUGAUCACAGAAAGGGACUUUGUCCCAGAGAGUAAUGUUCUGAUAGUUUCUUCAGUGAAUCCGUCUACAGAGGAAUUCGAGCCAUCUGGUGGAAAAGGACAGAAGGAGCACAACAGCGAGGAUGGAUGUUCUAAUGAAAGGAUUGUCCAAGGCUAAGGAGGGUGUAGUGGCAGCUGCUGAGAAGACCAAGGCUGGCGUGGCUGAAGCUGCUGAGAAAACCAAGGAAGGUGUCCUGUAUGUCGGAUCCAAGACCAAAGAAGGAGUGCAAGGUGUUGUUUCAGUGGCUGAAAAAACAAAGGAGCAGGCCUCCCAGCUAGGGGGUGCUGUUAUGUCUGGUGCAGGAAACAUUGCAGCUGCCACAGGGCUGGUGAAGAAAGAUGAGUUCCCCACUGACAUCAAGCCUGAAGAAGUUGGUCAGGAGGCCAUGGAAGAAGCCCAAGGAGAACAAGGAAUGGAGCCAGAAGGUGAAUCCUAUGAGGAGGCUCAACAGGAUGACUAUCAGGAAUAUGAACCAGAAGCAUAGAUGGGUUCCUUCACAUUCCAAACAGCAGCACAAGAGAGAAAAUGAAAUCCUUUUCUCAAAUCCAUUCCAUCAUCACCAAAAACACAAUAGAACACUUAAACUAGUCCAUUCCAUAUAUCCUACAAAACAAAUUUUCCUUGCAGCUACUAUUCAAACACAAUAAAUUCAUUGUUUUGUAAUGUGGUCAUUUGUGUGUUGAAAAAAAAAAUUAAAAUGACAAAUUUUUAGAAGUCCUGGUUUAUUUCCUUGUUUCCCUCCCAAUGAAAUAAGCCUAGGACAUGGUGGGUGGGGGCUGUGCGUGAAUUUUGGCUCUUUCUUUCCUUAUGUGUGUAUGUGAGUUCUGUAUUUUUAAAACUUCAAACUUUAAGGUAAUAAUAAUAAUGAUAGUAAUAAUAUAUUAAAAGUAAAAAAAAAAAAUCAGUCUAGCUGUAUAUUGCUUGUAUGUGAUUUUUUUCAAUGUUAUCAUAGGUUUUUAUACAUUCUCAGUUUUAAUGCUCUUGGCAGAUUCAUUCCAUUACAAGAAACUAAAAUGAAGAGACACGACAUUAGACAAUAUACACUAUUGUUGCAGGAAACAAAAAACAAAACAAAAAAAUGUCCAAUUUUGUCUGUGACUAAAGAACGAAAGGUUUUCCACAGUGGUCAUGUGUUCACUUCUCACAUAAAACCAUUGAUGUCUAUGUGUUGAUUAGUGCAGACAUGGUUGUCUGUGUAAUAAAAGAAAUGCAAAAAACAUGAAA